UGGGUGACCUACUGGUUAUAUGAUCCUGGGCAAAUCAUUUCAUAGUCCCCAGUAAUGGUAGUGUGAGGCUAUACGUUUCAGAGAAGAUGCUGCUCUGUAUUAGUCAAGACAAAUCUGCCCCCUCCUCUGCUCCAGCUCCUGAAAUCAAUAAAAUGGCAGGUCUGGCCUCCCACUUUUUUGACAAUAAGCUUGAACUCUACAAAGAAAUGGAUGACUUUGCAGAGCAUUCAUGGUGCCUUCUCACUGCAGCUGUUUUUGGCAUGCCUACGUUUUCUAGAUCCUUCACAGUUACCUCCAAUGUGUCCUUUCCCAGGCCCGUACAGAAUGGGACAGCAACCAAAUUCCUGUGUGGCCACUGGAAAACUCCCACCACCCCUAGCCUGGACAGGAAGAAGAUUUAUUGGGAGCUGAGCAAUCAGACCCAAGGUAUCACCAGGCUGGGUGCCUAUACCCUGGACAAUAAGAGCCUCUAUCUCGAUGCUGGAGGUCCCAACUUUGAGCCUUUCACACUGAAGUUCACCAUCACCAACAUGAGGUACACAGCAGACAUGGGGGAAAGGGGCUCCAGCAUAUUCAUCUCCACUGAGAGAGUGCUGCAGCGCCUGCUCAGUUCCUUGUUUGAAAAGAGCAGCCUUGGCUCUCAGGAUUUUGCAAGCAAAUUGACCUUACUGAGGCCUAUGAAGGAGGGAAGAGCAACCCUAGUUCAUUUCACUUGCAUCCAUCGGAGAGAUCCUGCCAGCCCUGUCCUAGAUAGAGAAAAAAUUUACUGCGAGUUGAGCUAUCUGACCUGGAGCAUCACCAGGCUGGGCCCCUACACAUUAGAGAAGGAUAGCCUCUACCUCAAUGGUUACAAUCAUUUGGCCGUGGCCCCCACCAAAAUGCGUGAGUGUCUCUAUUGGAAAGGGAAUAGUUCCUUCAUUUUACCCUUCAUCUUCAAGACUGAUUGGAUUUCCUGGUGAUAAUGACAAUAAUACCAUUCAUAUAUUAUCGAAUAUAUUAUUUCAUUUGAUCCUCAAUAAAACCCUGGGAGGUGGGUGUUAUUGAUUUCUGAAUUUUCCAUAUGAGGAAACUGAGACCAAGAGACAUUAAUUUCAGCUAGCAAGUACAGGAGGCAAAGUUCAAACUCAGGUCUUCCAAACUCCCAAAUCCAGCACCCAAUUUACUCUGCUCUCCUUAAUUUCAAGCCUCUCAUUCUCUUUGAGCCCCAGUUUUCCUUAUCUGGAGAAGGAAGGAAUUGUAUUAAACAGCCACUGAGGUCUAUCUCAGCUCUAUAUUUAUGACCCUAACCUUCCUAUUAAGCCAGGAGAAUAAGGAGAGCAUGUAGUUUCCUAAAGAUCGGAGCAGAAAAAGAGUGGAUUGUUUCAUACACUUAGUGUCUCUUUGUCUCAUUCUCUUUUUCCCAUGCUGAAAGCUUCCUAUUCUCUCAUAGCAUUUCAGAGAGGUCUCUCCUCCACGGAACAGAUCUGUCUCCCAAGUGACCAGGUCCAACAAAUGGGAUUCUGUUUCAUUGGGUCAUUCACCCCGAACUUUAUUUUUCUCUUUUGCCAUGUUGGGCUCACUCUCCCAUGUUGUCCACUUUUUGGAUUCCGGGUUAUAAUGAAUGAAGUCCAGUCCUACGCAGUGUUAAUAAGUAUGUUCAUACUCAUUUGAAUCCUGGGUUCAUUCCCCUAUUUGACAACUGGAGUUAGGCCCCAAUGUGACUGUGUGAGCUAGUCAAAGACCUUAUUAUCCAAGCCCCUGAUCCUGAAUGACAUCCUUCAGAAGUGAUGAGGAAGGAAUCCAAGAAGUGGCCUUCGCAGCUUUGGGGAAGUAGUGAGAAAGACUUCGGACACAGCAGGAAGCCUUUUAAUGGAUGUUAAAUGACCACUUUUCUAGGAUGUUCUUCAGCCACAUUUGUUUUGAGCAGCCUUACAGCUUUGAAAUUGUACAAUUUGGUGAUUCUGUGAAGAAAAGACUCCAGUUAAGGAAAGGGGACUCCAGAUCUUUCUAGACCCUCUUGCCUCAGAGCCAUGGCCUUUUGCUCUAAUAUUUCCUCUUCUUUUACUAUAAAUUGGAUGGAGAUGACAAGAUAAACUGUCUUCAGAGUCAGUAAAUUACUCAACAAACAUGUGUUAAGCUCCAACUAUGUAUCAGCUACUCUGUCAGGUGAUGGGGGUGUAGAGUCAAAAUGAAAGGAAGCAAUCCUUUCUCUAAAAGCAUUCACAUUUUAUUGUGAGGGAUGACAUCCAUAUGAGCAUUGAUGGGUGUGUAUGAUACACACACUUAUGUAGCCCAAAUUCAAAAGUCAAUUCAAGUUUGAUGGAAGAGUGUUAGCAGUUGGUAAUAAUCAGAAAGGAAUCCCUUGCAAGGUGGUCUUGAAGGAAGAAAGAGUGAUUCUAUUGAAGAGGUGAGGAGCAGUGCAUUCUAGGCAUGAGUUGGGUCAAUGAAAAAGAAUGGAGAUGAGAAAUAUAGUACCCUAUGUGAGGAACAGAGAAGAGAGUCUUGUUUGGCCAGACCAUAGGGUGUGGGAAGGAGAAUAGGGCAUCACAAGGCAAAAGGUGGUCGUUUAGGGCCAAGUUGCUAAGGGUGCAAAAAUGAUUCUGGAGUCAGCAAAUCUGGGAUCAAAUCCUGCCUCUGACAUUUAUGACCACUGUGGCCUUAGGCAAGUCAUGGGAACUCUCUAGGUCUCCAUUUCCUCUUCUAUAACAUGAGGGUGUUGGACUUGAUAGACUUUGAGAGCCCAUCUUGCUCCAGAAUGUCUUCUAUUUGAUUCUAGAGGUGAUAGAGAACCACUGGAGCUAACUGAAUAAGUGCAUGACAUGGCUAGAUCUUUACUUAAGGGAGCAUGAUAGAGAGCAAGGAUACUGGCAAGUCACAAGCUCACCUCAGCAAUAUGGAACAGAGGAGGAGGAGGAGGAUAAGGAGGAGGAUUCACAGGUUGGAAGUAUUUCUGUCAGUCAUAGACCAGGCACCUCAGCUCCUUUUCUUAUGCCAACCUUCCUCACAGGAGCUUGGGCAUCCAGCAAAGGCACUGGAUCCCAUGGAUUAAAUCAUUUGGUGAACUAGUGCAUAUUGAAUUCCUCUCCUAUAGGGCCCUGAGGUUGUACAGAGCAUCCACAACUGCUCUGAGUUCUCUGUUUUUAGGUACAAGAAAUUUCUGCCCAUCUUGAAACAUUUUCCUUUUUUUCCGGUUUUAGCACCAGACCCAGCAGUAGCACCUGGUUGUCCCCUGUGGGCCACAGAGCCUGGAGGCUCCUAAGCUGCUAGUUUAAGCUUCCAGUCUUUCACCACCAUUCCCGAGGUGCUGUACACAGAAGAUAUGCAUCUUUCUGGAUCUGACAAGUUCAACUUCACCAAAAGAACCCUGCAGCAACCUUUGAAGAAUGGCUCAGAAACUGGAGUGAGUUGCCUGUACACACACAAGAGAAACCUCAGAAGCUCAUUCAGAGACCAAGAGAAGGUUUAUUGGGAUGCCAAAAGAGCAUUUCACUAAGCUGGGCUUUUCCUCCUCCCUUGAAAGAGCCAGUCUACUCAAUGAUGAGGAGCACAACAGAAUCCCCAGCCUUUUCCUCUAUCCUCAUGCUACUUUCCCCUCCUCCUGCUAAAUUUCCAUUCUGAUUCUGACCUUAAUAUUCUUUCAAAGAAUCAUUAUUACUCAAUACCCUUUUAUUACACCAAACACAGAAA